GGCCUGGGAGGUCAUGGCACUCUUGUGCUACAACAAAGGCUGCGGGCAGCGCUUUGCCCUGGAGCGGAACUCGCCGGAUGCCUGCCUGCACCACCCGGGCGUCCCCAUCUUCCACGAUGCCUUGAAGGGCUGGUCUUGCUGCAAGAAACGAACCACUGACUUCUCGGAAUUCCUCUCCAUAAAGGGCUGCACCCGCGGGUAUCACAGCAAUGAGAAGCCGCCGGAGCUCAACGAGACCUUGGCAGAGGCAAAGGUCAAGGUGAGCACCGAGGUCGUCGUCCAGGGACCGAAGUCUGCGGAAGUGAUGCAGCGUGAGAGGCCCAGCCCCGACGAGCCGAAGCAGCUGCUGCCGGUAAAGGUGUCCCGGUCUCUGGAGCAAGCCCUGGAGAAGCUGAGCUUGUCCCGCAAGGAGCAGCCUUCAGCCCUGGUCCCUCCAGGGGCCGGGGCAGCCCUGGAGACGAGCGUGGGCACCACUUGCAAGAACUCGGGCUGCACCGCGGCCUACCAGGGAGAGGAGAGCGACUCGCAGAUCUGCACCUUCCACCCUGGCGUGCCCGUCUUCCACGAGGGAAUGAAAUACUGGAGCUGCUGCGGAAUUAAAACUACAGACUUUAGUGCGUUCCUGGAGCAGAAAGGUUGCAGCAAAGGGAAGCACAGCUGGGUGAAGCACCAGCAGCCGGACAAGCAGCGGCUCGCCUGCCGGCAGGACUGGCACCAAACCGGCGGGCAAGUGGUGGUGACGGUCUACGCGAAGAGCCCUCUGCCGGAUCGCAGCUCCGUGAAGGCCAACCGCACGGGGCUGGACACCCAUGUCGUCUUUGAGGGAGACAAGGUUUUCCAGGAGGAGCUGGAGCUCUGGGGGGUCAUCGAUGUGGGGCAGAGCUUUGUGAACAUGGCGCCCUCCAAGGUGGAGAUCGUCCUGAAGAAGGCCAGCCCCAUCCCCUGGGCCAGCCUGGAGCAUCCGCAGAGCCGAGGAGAAGCCCCAUGGCAGCAGCAAGGGCUGCAGCCGGACGCCUCGGGAGGCCAGGAGGCUGGCGGAGCUCUCCAGGAGGAGUCGGACGACAGCCUGGACUGGUCAGAGGAAGACGAUGAGCAGUGGGGGGCGGAGGCAGAGCAGAGCCCCCUCCAGCCGCAGCCCUCGUGCGAACGGGGGGCAGCCAUGCCAGGGCAUCCCUCCGGGCCCUGAAGCAGCCACUCGCUGGACAGUGCUGCGUCUGGGCAGCUGCUGCAGCGGAGGGGCCCCGAGGGAACGGCGGCUCUUUGGCAGAGGUCGAUGCCGGCCCUGAUGCUUAAGGACUCCGGAGCACAGUCUGAGAGGGGGACAGGUGGAGGGGCAGGGGUGUGGGAGCGGCCUGCUGGGGCCCCAGCUCCUCUCUGCGCGCUGCUGUCGCUGCUUCUCAUUCGUGAAAUAAAAGAAACGUCUCCCUGUGUGAGGAAAAGCAAA